AUGUCUGAAAAUAUCGAUGAUUUAUUUAAUGUUUUUGAGGAGGAUGAGACAAAAAAAAACCUAUUAAAUAAUGGCAAAGGAUUCGACGGUCUAAAUGUUAUUCUAGAAGAGCAAAAUGGCCAAGACAAUAUAGACUAUGCAAAUAACAACACAACAGAAGUCGAAAUUAAUGAAAAUGGAAUUGAAAUGGAAAUAAAUUACGAAAGUCCCGAAUAUAAUGCCCCAAUAGACUACAAGAUAAACGUUGACAAUAUAAUAAGCAAUCAUAAAAGUAAUAAUAAAAUAAAAGAUCAAAUUAAACAAGAAAUAUAUAAUGAGAUCGGAAGUAUAAAUGGAAAUAAUAAUUUUUUUAAUAAUAAAAUAAGAAAAAAGAAUGAAGAAAAUAAUCAAACAAAAAACGGAAUAAAAACAAACACACAUAAAGAACCUAUUCGGGAAAAACUAAUUGAAAAUAGCAAGACAAUAAAUAAUGAUGAUGUUUUAGUUUUAGAGGAAUUUGGUAGCGAUGUGAAUUGCAUACAUAAAUGUGUUAGGCCUCAAAGCUAUGUACAUAAUAAAUUAAAUGAAUCUAUAACACCUGCUAGAACAUAUAAAUUUGAGUUAGAUACUUUUCAAAAAAAAUCAAUAGAAUGCUUAGAAAGAAAUGAAAGUGUUUUGGUAUCUGCUCACACAUCUGCUGGGAAAACAGUUAUAGCAGAAUAUGCAAUAGCAUUAGGAUUGAGAGAUAAACAAAGAGUAAUUUAUACAAGUCCUAUAAAAGCUCUAAGUAAUCAAAAAUAUAGAGAUUUGAGUGAAGAAUUUAAAGAUGUAGGAUUAAUUACAGGUGAUAUAUCAAUAAAUCCAGAAGCAUCUAUAAUAGUUAUGACAACAGAAAUUCUGAGAUCUAUGCUAUAUCGAGGAUCUUCAUUAACGAAAGAAGUUAAAUGGGUCAUAUUUGAUGAAAUUCAUUAUAUGAGAGAUAGAGAUAGAGGUGUUAUAUGGGAAGAGACUAUUAUAUUAUUGCCAUUAAUGGUUCGAUUUAUUUUCUUAAGUGCUACUAUACCAAAUGGUAUACAAUUUGCUGAAUGGGUUAGUAGUAUUAAAAACCAAGCAUGUCAUAUUGUGUAUACAGAUUAUAGGCCUACGCCUCUUCAACAUUAUAUUUAUCCUACAUCUAGUGAAAGUGUAUUUUUAAUAUGUGAUGAAAAUAAAAAUUUUAAAAAAGAUAAUUUUAUAAAGGCGGUUAACGCACUGAAAGAUAAAAGCACGUUAGAUGAAAACAACCAUAGUGGUGGUAAUAAUAAAUUUAAUAAACGUAUGAGAAAAAAUACAUAUGACAUUGAAAAAAUUGUUCAAAUGUGUCACUCUCGUAAUUAUACUCCUUUAAUUAUUUUCGCAUUUUCAAAGAAAGAAUGCGAAGUUAAUGCUACAACAUUAAAUAAAGUUAAUUUAACUGAUGAUUCAGAAAAAGAAGUCAUAAAAGAAUUAUAUGAAAAUGCUAUUCAAAUAUUAGCAGAUGACGAUAAAGCAUUACCACAAGUGCAGUUUAUUUUACCACUAUUGUUAAGAGGAAUUGGUAUACAUCAUGGGGGAUUAUUACCAAUAAUUAAAGAAAUUAUAGAAAUUAUGUUUCAAGAAUCAUUAUUAAAAGUUUUAUUUAGUACUGAAACAUUUUCUAUGGGCAUAAAUAUGCCAGCUAAAACAGUCGUAUUUACAUCAUUAAAAAAAUUUGAUGGGGUAGAAAAAAGAUUAAUAACAUCAGGUGAAUAUAUUCAAAUGGCGGGAAGAGCUGGAAGAAGAGGAUUAGAUGAUAGAGGGAUUGUUAUUAUUAUGCUAGAUAGCCCAUUACAUUGGAAAGAUGCUGAAAAAUUGUUUGUAGGUGAAGCUAAUCGAUUAAUCAGCCAAUUUCAUUUAGGUUAUAAUAUGAUAUUAAAUUUAUUAAGAAUCGAAGGUAUUACACCAGAAUUUAUGAUCGAAAGAUCUUUUAUUCAAUAUCAAAUGAAAAAAAAUCUUUUUGAACAAAUCUUUGCAUCAAAAAAAGUUGAACAAAAAAGUCAAGAAAUUUUAAAUAUAUUGAAAAAUAUUUAUUUAGAUCAAAAUGGGGAAGAGUUUACUAAAGCGUAUUUAUUAAAUAAAGUUAAGACAAACGAUGUAGAAACAAUUUUAAAAAUUACUAAUGUAAAAAAUGAAGGAACACCUAAUUUACUUCAAAAUAACGAUCCAAAUGAUUCCAAAACAAUAAAUGAUUAUAAUAAUAGUGAAGCUUCAAACCCCGAACUCAAAAAUUAUAUUACUACAUUUUCUGAAAUAUCUAAUUACUACACAACACGAAAUGUACUUGUUGAACUAGGGGAAAAUUAUAGAUCAUUAUUAACAUCUAAAAAAAACAUAGCUCAAUAUUUGACCAUGGGCAGGUUACUAUAUGCUGUUGAGGAUGACUUGAAGUGGGGUUGGUGUAUUUGUAUUGAAGGGAAAAUUACUGAAGAAAAAUAUAACAAUAAUAAUAAGAAUAAUAGUGCAGGACAUAAUCGUAAUACAAGAAAUAGCAAUCAUAUUAUUGGCUAUGAUACCAACCACACCAAUAGUUCCAACGAUACAAAAUUUAAUAAAAAAAACUCCAUGGAAGAUAAUAAAAAUAAUGCAAAUAUAUUAGUUGUAGAAUGCUUAGUUCCCUAUGUUCAAAACAAAAAACGAAAAUUGCCACAAAAUGAUGAUGAUGAUGAUGGUGAAAAUUCCAAAAAAAGGGAUUUAGAAUUUUUACCAGCUCAUGAUAGAUUAAAAGCUCAAUGGAAAGUCAUGACAUUUUAUAUAAAAUGCAUAUAUCAAAUAUCGGCAGUUGUUUUAAAUAUAGAAAAGCCAUUUGAUAAAUAUUCUGAAGAAGAAAUUGAAAAAGUUAGAAAUAAAUAUAAUACUAUGGUAAGCUGCUUAAAAGGCGAAAAGAAUAUACCAGUUAUUAGUCCAAAUCAAAUGAAUAUUAAAGAUGAUACAUUUUUUAAAAUUGUUAAAAAGAUUUAUUAUCAUGAAAAUUUAUUAAAUAAAAAUAAAUUAUUAAAUAAUAAAAAUUUAAAUAAAUAUUAUCAAUUAUAUAGUAAAUAUGUUGCUUUGCAAUUUGAAAAAAACAUACUCGAUAACAGUAUUGAACAAUGCAGAUUUAUUGUCUUAAAAAAGGAAUUAAAUAAUAUGCUCAUUUUAUUAGAAAGCUUAAACUAUAUUGAAAUUACAUAUAAAACUCAUGAAAAAAAUCAAACAAAUGAUCAACCAAAUCGUUCCGAAAGCGAAAAUUACCAAAACCAAAUUGAUGGAAACAACGAAAAUUUGCUUACACAAAGUGACACCCAUAAUGAUAUCACUAAUAAAAAUAAUAAUGACGAAAAAAACUAUAUUGUUACAAUGAAAGGACAAAUAGCUAGUGCAAUUUUAAGUGUGGAUGAAUUAGUUAUAUCUGAAUUAUUUUUUUCGAAUUUUUUCAGUAAAUACACUUAUGAUUAUAUAUGCGCAUUCCUAUCAUGUUUUGUAUAUGAUGAGUCAGCAGGUAAAGAAAUUACCAUUAACGAUCCUAUACUUAUCGAAGGAUAUCAGCAAAUAACAAAAACAGCAACAGUAAUAGCUAAUAAAAUGAAUCAAUGUGGAAUGAAUAUAAAUGUAAAAGAAUAUUUGGAGAAAUUUAAAUCAGCCAUUAUGCCUAUUGUUUUGUUAUGGGCUCGUGGCCACUCCUUCAUGGAUAUUCUCGCGGAUUCACAAAUAUAUGAAGGAUCAAUAAUAAGAACAUUAAGGCGUUUGGAUGAACUGCUAAGACAAAUGAUUUGUGCAUUUAGAGGAAUUAAUAAUGAUAAUAUGUGUGAAACCUUAACCACCGCUACAAAAAAGUUGCGCCGGGGAAUUCCAUUUUCACCGUCCCUCUAUUUAUAA